CUUUAUACCUUCCCAUAAUACACCACGACCAUAGUUAAGUCUCACGUUAGCUCUGAAAAUUUUCUAUUCAUAAACGUUAGCGAAUUUCUAAAUUCUCAUUACUAUAUCUGGGGCAGGCGAAGCGAAAUCGGAGAAGAUUAUACCAAAAAAAGAAUGACGAUAUUCCAUUUCUUCAACUGUGCAGCUCUCACCUUCGGCCCCCAUGCUGUCUAUUACACAGCCACUCCUCUAUCUGAAUAUGAUACAAUUGGAACUUGCUUGAAAGCGGCCCUUGUCUACCUUGGCACUACUUUGAUUAAGCUUGUCUGUCUUGCAACCUUCCUCCAAGUAUCGGAUAAUGACAACUUUGAUCCUUAUCAGGAGCUGUUAAAGGCAUUCAUAGGAUUCAUUGAUGUGGCUGGUCUGUAUUUUGCACUCACACAAUUGACACACAGAAAUAUAUCUCAGAAUCACAAAUUCCAAGCGAUUGGACUUGGGUGGGCAUUUGCCGAUUCACUAUUACACAGAUUGGCACCUCUCUGGGUUGGAGCAAAAGGACUAGAGUUUACCUGGGAUUACCUUCUUCAAGGGCUGGAGGCAAAUGCAAAUUUGGUACUGACUGUAUCACUGGCAGCUUUAGGAUCAUUAAUGUGGCUUCGCAAGAAUAAACCCAAGACAUUGGUGCCCAUCAUAUAUGCAAGUGCCGGUGUUCUGGCAACUAUGCCUUCUAUUAUAAGCUACUUGCGGAGAGGACUGGGAUGGGACUUCCCAAAGGUUGUUGGAUUCGAAUUAUUUUCAUCAUUACUGAUGGCAUUCAUCAGCUGGCAACUAUUUAGUGCUUGUCAAAAGCCUUCAUCAUAAUGUUGAAUGAUUAUUUCUGGCUUCUGGAAAAUCUUUAUAUGCUAAUGGAUUCCAUUUUGUCACCAUUCACAGCCAAGAUCCAUUUUACAAGGGCUGACAUAGGCCACUCCCCAGUUGUUGACUAUGUUUCCCAUUCUUAUUCACCAUUGAGAAUUUUUUACUUUUGUUCCAAGAUGUGCUGAUAAUUAGGCAUCAUUUUCUUUCCAUGGGACAAGUUUUUUAAUUCUGUUUUUAGACCCGUACAACUGGUGAAAGAUGAUGUGAGCAUUUGUUUUGUCGGAAUCAAAUUGAUGUGUUGAAUCA